AUGAUGCAUCAGAUGAGACACAAAAACAAUGUCACCGACGGUUCCAGUGGUGAGAAGAUGGAUAAGAAUAAGACUCCCAACAGAGACCACAACAAUAAGUCGCGAAAUGUGGCAAAUCUUGACGAUUAUAUCUAUGAAUUAGAGACUAGAAGUGAUGCCAAAGUGAAUAACUUUUACAACAAAAAGGAUUUAACCAUAAAUGAGAUGUCAUGCGAGAGCUCAGCCAACCUUUUAUCGCAAUUACAGCAGAAGGAAAAGGAUCUCAUAUUAGCCGCAGAAUUGGGAAAAGCAUUGCUCGACAGGAAUGAGGAGCUGAGCAGAGCUAAUGAGAAGAUAACCGAAGAAUACUCUCAUAAGUUAGAGAUUCUGGAACAGGAAAAGUAUGGCUUUCGGAGGAAACUGGAGAGUCUUGAGGGGGAAUACGAGGGAAGGAUAGCUGAACUGCAAACUGAUCUCAAGAACGCACGACAAGAAUCAGAGACACAACACAUGUAUUUGAGACAAACGGAGGGCGAGAAAAGCAAAAUCAUUCAGGAAUUGAUUGAACAAAACCAUCGAUUGACGAAUGAACUCAAACAGUCGACAGAAACUGAAUCAUUACUGGAAAGUCAAUUACAGACACUUCGAGACCAGUUUAAUGUGAGGCGAACUAAUCUGAAUGACCACAUCGACCAACUCGAAGGACUUCGCGAAGAGAUUAAUCUCUUGAGUAAAAGAAAGAGUGAUUUGGAGAGAAGGAUAUCGUCGUUAACACAGGACAGGGAACACCUAAAUGUAUCUCUGGAGGAGUCAAGCGAUAGGAUAUUCCUGUUGGAGAAACAGUUACAGCAACAGGAGUUGGAGUUACGGACUCAACACAAAGACCUGGAAGAGCUGAGACACGCCAACAGUGAACUCCACAACAAACUGGACGCCGUGUCCCGAAAGACAGUGCCAUCCGAUCAUAACUGCCUUAAUGGUCACCACUCGCUGUUCAAUGAGAUCGAGAUGUCUUCUGCGUCGUCAAACGACGAGGACUUGAGAUCAUUGAGCGGUCGCAUCGAUUACAACGAAGACGAGAUCGAUAUCGACGAAAGGGACUCCUCUUACAGUUCCUCUCAGAGCGACUCAUCUAAACUAAAGCAAGAGCUCAUUGAGGUUUACCAUCAUUUGAGGCAAACCUGUCAUGAAUUGCACCGAAAGAGGGAAAGCAGCGGAAACUUCAACUCAACACAAGACAGCGGUAUUCAAACGAUUCCCGAAGAGAUACCUAUCAAUCAGCUUAAGAGCGGAAUGUUUAGGACUAUUGUCAGAGACUUGAUAUCUCUUCUCAACGAUUUGAAUACAGAAUACAGUGAAAUGCCGUGUAUAGCGUGUCAAACAGUGGCCUCGGAGAGGUGCGAACUCGAGAAGUUGCGCAAAGAGGUGAGAGACCAGUCGGAUCAGCUCAAGAAGUCUGCCGAACAGAUGACCGAAAUGAGCAAACGGCUCACCAUUCAGGAGUCGGAGCUCAAUGCCAUCAAAGAGGAGAGAGACACUCUCAAGAGUGACAUCAGUAACGCGGGCGGACUGGCCAAGGAUGAGAUCGUGAAGAGGGCCUGGGAGGUGAGGGAUCAGGCCGUGGCCCGCAAGAAUGUGGUCGAAGUGGAACUGGCUAAGACCAGGAUAGAAGUCAUGCAUAUUAAUAGUCAACUCCUGGAAACUAUUCAACAAAAGAUUGAGUUAUCGCAGCAACUGGAACAGUGGCAGGUGGAUAUGCAAAUCCUUUUGGACGAACAGCUCAAGACUAAGCUCACGUCCCAAGAGAUGGGCGACAAGAGACGCAACGGUGACAUAACAGCCCUCAACGCCACUGACAACAAGACAUCUCCGAUGGUUUCGCGCGGAACUAAAUUUCUGAAGCUUUGGAGAUAUAAUUGAUUUGCAAUUGUAUUUCAUGUAAAACAAGAGUCUGUGAUACAAACCAUAAUUACAUUUCAUUACAGCGCCUGAAAAGUGCCUCAAAUAAGUGUUAUUAUUAGACAACUUCUCACUGUUUUAAUCGUUCAAAUAGUAUACAGUAAUAUAGAGAC